GCACCGAGCCGCGUCCCCGCCCAGCCUGGCCCUCGUUGCGCCCUGCCGCAGCGGCGCUGGACCACAGCAGCUUCGGAAGCACCUCUCCCGCAGUUAUGGAGAAAAUUUCUACAGAUGCAUUUCCUCUCACUAUGCAUUCUUCAGAAAAGCAAGAGACUAUAUGUAUUUUUGGAACUGGAGAUUUUGGAAGAUCACUGGGACUUAAAAUGCUCCAGUGUGGUUAUUCUAUUGUUUUUGGAAGUCGAACCGCCCGGAUGUCCAGCCUGCUGCCCAAUGGUGCAGAGGUCAUGAGCUACUCUGAUGCGGCCCAGAAAUCUGACAUUAUAAUCAUAGCAAUACACAGGGAACAUUACGAUUUUCUCACAGAAUUAACCGAGGUUCUCAAUGGGAAAAUAUUGGUCGACGUCAGCAACAACCUCAAAAUCAAUCAGUAUCCAGAGUCAAACGCAGAGUACCUUGCCCAGUUGGUGCCGGGAACUCACGUGGUAAAAGCAUUUAACACCAUCUCAGCCUGGGCUCUCCAGUCAGGGGCACUGGAUGCAAGUCGGCAGGUGUUGAUCUGUGGAAAUGACAGCAAAGCCAAGCAAAGAGUGAUGGAUGUCGUUCGUAGUCUUGGACUUACUCCAUUGGAUAAAGGAUCUCUCGUGGCAGCCAAUGAAAUUGAAAACUACCCACUACAACUAUUUCCAAUGUGGAAGUUCCCCUUCUAUUUGUCUGCUGUUCUGUGUGUCUUCUUCUUUUUCUACUGUGUAAUAAGAGAAGUAAUCUACCCUUAUGUUCAUGAAAAAACAGACAGGACAUUCCGUCUGCCUAUUUCUAUUCCAAAUCGUAUCUUUCCGAUAGCAGCACUCACACUGCUCGCCUUGGUUUACCUCCCUGGUGUUAUUGCUGCCAUUCUGCAGCUGUACCGAGGUACAAAAUACCGCCGAUUCCCCGACUGGCUUGACCACUGGAUGCUUUGCAGAAAACAGCUUGGCUUGAUAGCGCUGGGAUUUGCCUUCCUUCAUGUCCUCUACACACUUGUGAUCCCUAUUCGUUAUUAUGUACGAUGGACAUUGAACAACAGAACCGUUACCCAGGCAAUAACCAAGAAAGAAAAUCCAUUUAGUACCACUACCUCCUGGCUCAGUGAUUCAUAUGUCGCUUUGGGAAUGCUCGGAUUUUUCCUGUUUGUCCUCUUGGGAAUCACUUCCUUGCCAUCAGUUAGCAACACAGUCAACUGGAGAGAGUUCCGAUUUGUCCAGUCCAAACUGGGUUAUUUGACCCUGAUCUUGUGCACAGCCCACACCUUGGUGUAUGGUGGGAAGAGAUUCCUCAACCCUUCGAACCUUGUGUGGUAUCUCCCUUCAGCCUACGUGAUUGCACUGAUCAUCCCUUGCACAGUGCUGGUGAUCAAGUUCAUCCUCAUCCUGCCAUGUAUAGACAAGACCCUUAUGCGGAUCCGCCAGGGUUGGGAAAGGAACCCGAAGUACUCAGAAUCGGCACUAAAUGGAAAAACAGAUAUUUAAAGCAAAGUUCGAUUCACCCAGACAUCUUAACUAUGGUGUUGCAUGUUUAGAGAAGAAGAAUUAGUGCAGUGAAGAAAGUAUUUUUCUCCCACCAUGGGCUGAAGUUUGUGAACAGAGGAAGAAAUCAUGCCUGACUUUGAGAAAUGGGACACCAUUUUAAUCUCAGGUCCAUGCUGAGUCACUGCUGGUCUCCGCCUCUCCUUUUACUGGAGGUGGGGGGCUGAAUCGCCAUUAGCUUUGUGGUUUCACAAUAAGAAGCUUCUUUGCUGUGGGCAACAUACAUGACCUAAUGUCUUGCAAAAUCCAGGGAAAGUACAUGCAGUUUCCUUCUCUGGUUCAAGGGCUAAGUAGAGUGAAAGAGAAAAUACUAAGAUGGUGGCUGCUGAUAAGGGCUUUAUUAGAUUGGUCUGAAAAAGAGGGCCAAGGAAGCAAAAGGAAUGAGAUUUUUAUUCUGGUUUUUGGAAGUGCAGGUGAUUAUAAAUAUUGCCAUGGUAAAUUCUGUAGUUACGUGUGCUUUUUGAUAUUUUUUUUUACCAACCUGGAUAGGUAGUAUGGGGAAUUAUUUUAUAAAACAAUAAAAAUUUCACAAUAGAUUAGAAAUAAUCAUGGACUGGAUAUAUGCAAACUUAUACAGUUGUCAUAAGAUCAUUCCUCCACAAAGGAAUAAGUAUAAAAAAGAUUGAGUUAAAAAUGAGGGAUAUCCACUUGGAUUUUCUCAAUGUACCAUAAGUGAAGAAGAGUUGAUAAAAGCCCUUGUGCAAAAAGUUAAAAAAAAAUUAAAUAAAUUUUAUAAAGUUUGUACUACAUCAGGUUUACUAUUAUUUAGGUUUUGUGCUAUGCUUUGUAAAUAACAUAUUCCAAAUUUGUUUAAUAUUAAUCAUCUAUGAAAUGAAUUGCUAGUAUAAAAAAGUAGCUUCUAUAAUUUGUCAUAGUUUGUUAUAAAUUUAAGCAGUGAAAUUAAAUGAAUAAUGAAAGUGUAAAUUGGACCAAAACACAGAUGAGAGAUGCCUCUUAGGCAGGAGAGGUGUGAGCAGCAGUUUGUAAUAGGAGACUUGGUUCUUUCUCAAGUCCUAGCUGGAAGUCAGGAUGCUUCUCUAUGCUUUUUUGUGAUAAUGAUGCCAAUUCCAAGAUGACCUUCAGCAGGAUUAGCCUUCCUGGCUCAUAUAUGGAGCUGACAGGAGCCUUAUGUAUGACCUUUCCACAAGCCGAAAUAACCAAAAGCUUUGGAUUUGACAAUUUUCUGCCUGCCUCACAUAGGCCAUUUCUUUUACUUUUUACUUUCACUAUCAUAUAUUCUAUAUGACAUUAUACAAAAUGAUUACAAUAUAUUAAAACAUCACCCAUAAUCCAGAAUAUUUUUCUAUAAAACUUUUUGAAAAUAGUUCUACCUAGACUGUAUAUUCAAUUGUGUAUCCUUCCUUUUUCACUUAAUAUACUGUGGCUUUGUUUGCUUACUUACAUGCUAUAUGUAUUGAAUCAGUGGCUUCAUGAUAUUACAUCAAAUAUGCACUUAUUUUACCACUGCUCUAAUUCAACAUUUAAGUUAUAUCCAUUUUUUACUAAAACAACAUUUCAGAGGCUACCUUAGCACUUAUAACUUUAGUGUGUAUUUUAAGUUACUUCUUCAGAAUACUUGUGAAGAAUUGUGAUUAAAAAUUUAAAAACAUUGAAUGUAAUUGUCAAAUUAUUUUUGAAGUUAAUACCAUUGGCACCAUAUGAAGAUGUUGGUUGCAUUAUACCCUUCAGUUCAGUUCAGUUCAGUUCAGUUGCUCAGUCAUGUCUGACUCUUUGUGACCCCAUGGACUGCAGCACGCCAGGCUUCCCUGUCCAUCACCAGCUCCCAGAACUUACUCAAACUCAUCCCCAACGAGACAGUGAUGCCGUCCAACCAUCUUAUCAUCUGUUGUCCCCUUCUCCUCCCGCCUUCAAUCUUUCCCAUUAUACCCUUACAGAUUUUGUUUGUUUGUUUAAUUUCAGCUAGUGUUAAUGAGAAGACACCCAGAAUACUUGUUCCAUUAAUUUAUCCUUGAUAUACUCAAGGAUUCAGAAAAGCUUGAGACUUUGAGCAGAGCUGUGCUGUGUGGUGAAGACCCCAGGGCAUCAGUGAGAAAGACAGGGCAACUAUCACUACUCAUUCAUUCUACUUUAUGCAAAAUACCCAAGUGUUCUAGGGUUGGCCACUGCCUUUUGGAUAGAGAAUUGGUUAUCUAAAAGGUUAAGUACUAUCCAGGCUAAUCUAAAGGAAACGUUUGGGGUUAACCAUGUGCCUUUUUUGGAAAAGAGUAAUAUUUUUACUGGCUAUCUGGUUCAUUACUAAGACUAGAAAAUGCCACUCUUAGGUUAAACAAGGGACUUCCCAGGUGGCUCAAUGGGUAAAGAAUCUACCUGCAGUGCAGGAGACAUAAAAGAUGUGGGUUCAGUCCCUGGGUCAGGGAGAUCCCCUGGGAUUUAACAUGGCAACCCACUCCAGCUUUUAAAAAAAAAAAAAAAAAGCUUACCUACAGUAAAAAGGAUUCUGUUUUUAUAACCUAGUAAAAAUGUUCUUCUUGGGUACUUCACAAAAGGCAUCCAGGAAGCCAGACAUUCCAGAGCACCCCUGGUGGUUUUGGCAUCACAAUGCAUUGCUGGGCAUGACCCUCAGCCUCAUCCACAAGGCUCCAAGCCCCACCAGCUGACAAGAGAAGUCAGUUCCCUCCUUUCACCCCCUCCCAACAUCCAUUCCCAAGCCAUCAAACCAAUGUGCCCAUCCUAACAGCUGAUUCCCAGUUUCCUUAAGGUGGAAAAGAAUUUGAAACAGAAAUAGGUGUGUUGUGUGAACUAUAUUCCUUUUAACUGUUCCAAACUAUUCUUCUACAUUAAAAAAGUCAGACUAAACUUCCUCACUCUUUAUACGUUUCCUGUAUUCUAGGAACAUUUUUAUUAUAUGAUAGACCUUUUAUUUUUGUAUAUAUUCCCCAUGUUAAGGGAUGACUGCUUUUGGAAAUGUGUGCUCAUUAAACAUUGUUUUAAAAGUC